AUGGACGACUCGGCCUUGAAUGUGUUGUGCAUGUCGGAGAUGGAUGAUUUAGAGUCACCUACUGAAUCCCUGCCCAAACAUAUUGCUUAUAGUGCUCUGGAGCCUAUAUCUGAAAUUGGAUUGCACAUACCAUCAUCCAGCCAGGCUCCUGGAUCAGCCUCGAGUCAGUCAGCAAGCCGACAACACCAUACUCUGCCUUUGGUGACUCUUUGUGAAGAUAAAGUAUCUGAUCUUCUUUCGGCAUUGGGAGAUAGCAGCGAGUCUGUUCAUGAUCUUGGCAAUACAUUUCCCCAAUCUCAAAGCGCUCGCUCAGCGGAUGUGGAUUCUAUUUCCACUCCAUCGUACUCUAAGAAUGCCACAAUAUUUGUAUCAAGAACCUUGGAUAUCAUUGAGUUGGAUUUUAAAAGUUUGAUCUUACCCGAAAUGGAUAUUAUAGAUACACCAAUACCUAUAUUGAAACGAACCAUAGCAAAAUUCAACUUGCUUCGACAAGAAGUUUUGGAUGGACUAAAACGUUCCGAAUUUGUACCCGCAGUACAUGAUGCUUGGAUGAUGCUGUUUGAGAGAAUUGGUUGCGAAAUUCUGCUAUAUGAGCAAUUUUUGGACGUGAACGCUGCUCAUCUUACUCUCGAAGAAAUAAUGAAUGAUCCCAUUAUCGAAGUAGACGAAAACCAAAGUCUGAAGCCUGGGUCAGACCAUUCUUGUGCCACAGAAUCAAUGGCAAGUAUUCCAAACGGAAGACUACUUCAUCGCCCAAGAAGCAUUCUACCCCAAAAUUCUUUAGAAAGUCUAAGGAGUGCGCAAACUACAUCUACCAUGCCGGACAAGCGUCGCCUUUCGUUUACUUCUUCGCAAUAUCUGUGCCAACCAUCUACAAAAUCAAAAAAUUUAUCAUCUGUACGCUCUGAAGAUUCUUUUCUUCAUUUUCCUGACGGCGCCAUCACAUCUGCUCCGCCUGGGCCAUAUGAUUUUGUAAAGUGGACAAAGCUACGUAAACUAUCCCUAUCUUUAUUUUCAGAGGCAUUUGCUCGUCAAGUUGGAACACCGACGUGCUUUUCAGUAUCUGGAGGUAUUGCAGUAGGAACGUCCAAAUCUGCUAUUUUAUUGUAUGAUAUUGCACAGAAUCUACUCGGUAUUUUAGGCGAUUUCAACUCGACACAAGGUAUAGGAUUCAUAAUUGUGUGGGAUACUGUGCGCCGCAUCUCGAUCAAAAUUAUACAUCCAAUCACCAAUGCUGAGCAACAAAGUGGUCGAGCAGAUGGGCAUCUUUCGGGGAAUCCGAUUGCCCAUACUUCAAGUCUAGGAAAAAUUGGAUUUGUUUCUGCCGAUGAUCGGGGCUCGGCAUUUUUGCAUACCAUAUCUCAAGGGAUAGUUUUCAACUCCAUCAAUUCUAUUCGUAUUCACGGUCGGUCACUUAACAGUUCAAACCAAAACAGUUUGCCUACAACCAUUUAUGCUUUGAGCACUUUACCCUAUUUGUCGGGAAAGUGCAUCAGUGACAACUAUCAAUUUAUUGCCAUAUCUACUCCUUACAAAAUGGCCAUUAUGACAAUGAGACCCAUCCCUCAAAUACAGUAUCGUAUUUCAUGGAAUAUUGAUGACACUAACUCAGCCGGAAAUACAAGGAGACCAAUAGAAUCUGCUUGUUUAGACUGGUGGGCACCAGUAGUUCAAAAAAAUGGAAAACUUGUAGGUACUCCUCGACUGGCAUUUUCCAACCAGGGAAAAUUUUCUGUUUUGCGUAUUCUUUGGCAUGCAAAUGACACUGAAAAGACAAAACGAAAAAUAAACUUUGAAAUCGAAGGCAGUAACCAACUGGAUGAGAAUAUUGUCGUUAUCCGAUGGCUUGUUGAAUCGAUAUUUGUCUGUGUUACGCGGUCGGAGCAUUUAGUAACCGUCAAUGCUUCCACUUUUGCAAUACUGGAACGGGUGGAUAUCUCUGCCCAACGUAUUGUAUUUCAACCAUUGUUUCACAAACCACUUGAAGCAUUUGGAAUUCCUAUUGAAUUAUCAUAUUCUGCAAGCGUUUGUGUUUACAAAAGUAGACUGGUGUUUCUAGGUAGCUUUGAGAUCGUUAUUGCAAGUCUAAUUUCGUGGAUAGAUCGUAUAGCAUCCCUUGUAAGAAUUGGACAAUUUCGAAAAGCAUUUGAAAUGGCAAUUUCAUUUUAUCACGGGGAGGGAAAUUAUGCCGUUGUUGGACUAGCGCAAGAUCCUGAUACCUGUCAAAGAAAGGUUCGAGAACAUGCGUCCAGCCUUAUUCUGAAUUAUGUGUCCAUGUCACUAUCUAGCUAUGAUCCAUCUGCCAAUGAGGAUCUGUCGACAUAUGAGCGAGUGACAGAAACAACAUUUGAUACAUGCAUUGCUAUCGAUCGUCUAGACUUGCUUUUUGGAGAAGUUUAUGAUCACUAUGUUGACUCUGGUGUAGAUCAUGUUUUUGUGGAAUCACUUGAGCCUUAUGUUCUUAAUGAGCGCAUUGUGAGCAUUUCCAAUCCCUCUGUGGUACAGGCGAUCAUUGAUCAUUAUAUGAAGCGGUCAUGGAUGGAUCGAUUGGAACAAAUUCUUUUGCACUUGGACCCGACUACUUUGAACAUUCAUCAAAUUCUACAAAUAUGUCAGGAUUAUCAGCUAAAUUAUGCACUUAUAUACAUAUACAAUGCGGUUUUGAAAGACUAUGUCACCCCAUUAGUCCAUCUUCUGAAUCUAUGUCCCGUAACAUCUACAAAUGGACUAGUUUCAGCCACUAUUUCUACAGAAUCAAUCAUAGCCAAUCAGGAAAUCGUAUUAAUACAGCAGCAUCAAAGAGCUUAUGUUAUUUAUGUCUACCUUGCGUACGCACUUACUGGUCUUGCAUUUCCAAUUGGCACUCUUACACACGAUCAGCAAGCUCAGGCAAAAUCUGACAUCUACACUCUGUUGUUGUCACCUGUUCGUAUUCACUACCCUGGAACAAACUCUAUUGAAAUCGGUAUAGAACCUUUUCCAUAUCUGCGACUUCUUAUUAUGCUAGAUGUAGAUGAGCUCAUUAAAAUGUUGGGCACGGUUUUCAAUGACGAAUCUCUGACAGAUGGAGUGCAAUGGAGUAGCAGUUUUGCUUUACCUGUUGAAGAUCCGCGUACAAAGGCUUUUCGACAAUUAUCGCCAUCAGGGGUCACUCGCCAACUAAUUGUCUAUGCUCUACUGCAGGUUGUCGAUGCAUUUCAAAUGGAGUCAGUAUAUGGGAAUAUGAAAAACAGUUGCCCUGUCACAUCAACAUCAUAUACUGUUUCCCUGUUUGCUUUUCUUGCUCGUUGUUACAGCAAGCAUCGCAAGCAUAUUCAUCUAUCUGAUGAACUACUGGAGCGCAUAUUAAAUGUGCUUUGCGAAAGUGGAGAUGUCAAUGUAAAGCCAGAACGAGAGGUAUCGAUACUCUCCAUUAUAGAUAGCGGCGCUGCAAUUGCAUCAGUGUCAGCCAGACUAAGCUCCGCCGAACAAUCGGCUCUUUUAGAUAAGUAUGAAAAGGCCAAUUUAUGGAGAGUGUAUGAGCACAUGGCGCGAGUUUUUGGAAAAUACAAUUUAGUUCUUCGAGCAUAUCUCAAAGAUGAGCGGCGAAUUCACGAAUCGUUGCAAGCAGUACGAACGUUGCUAGACUCGGGAGCACUGACAUAUCAGCAAUCUUUGGAUGUAAAACAGUGUGUGUUUGACUAUCUUAUUCCACUAGUAGAGCUUGACAGUUACUCUACUUCGCAGCUUAUAUCAUAUUACUGGCCAAGUGAACAUGAUCGGAUAAUUGAAACCUUGUCCAACACCCCGCGACUGCUUUACAAUUACCUUAAAGGGUUGCUGGUGCCAAACAGUUACUUACAGCAGGACUCUGUUGUUAUUUCACCAGCUCUACUUUUAAUAGAUGAUAAUUCUACAACUACCCGACGAACAACACGCACUAUCCCUUUGACUACAGCUGCAUCACGAUUGCGGAAAAAUACAUCUCGAUUAUUUCCACAAAGCUUUUAUGAUACAGUUAUAACCCUAAUGUCUGAAUUUGAUCCAAACGAUGUUCAUCCAUACUUACUUUGGCUCAAUGAUACCUGUAGUGGGUUUCCAUAUAGCCUAGACACUGUGUUUAGCGCUCUACGACUAUAUCACGUUACCCAUGCCACCGCUUGGUUGCUUGAACGUACUGGGGAUUUUACAGGCGCACUGUCUGUACUGCUAGCUGAUUUAAUCGUCAUUUUAGAGCAAUUAUUUGAAAAGUUUAAAGUUCCUAGCGAUUUAAGCGUUGACACCUUGAAACACAAUGCAACUUCGUUGGUCGAUCUUGCUGUAGGAGUAUGUGAGCGUUCUGCGGCUGCUUUAGAUCCUAGCGAGCAGCUUGACAUUUGGCUGCUUUUUUUGACGGAGAUCUAUUUUAAGCUUUUUUUACAUCAGCCCCCAAGAGAUUUAAAAACGGACAUGUUUAGCAUAGCAUCCAUAGCAAAUCCUCCACCCACUACUACACACAGUUGCAUCAACGAGCAACUUAGUGAUUCUUGUCAUAGCCCCACCUUGGUUCUGAGUUUACAAUCAAGUUUGCCUCAUCAAGAUCACAGCGACAUCUUAAACACAAUUUCUCAAAAUUCCCACGAUCUAGAUGCAAGUGAUAUGUCCGCUUUUCUUGGGUCAAUAGCUCGGCUUGUAGUUAGUGCUGUAGUUGGACACGUGCCACUUCCCUUGGUGAUUCACAAAAUAGUACAAACUCAAAAAAAUGCGAAAUUUGAAGAUCAUCGUGAUCUUAUUUUUUCCAUGUUGGAAUCCCAUGUUUAUCAUCGUGAGCUGUACCAUGCCGCUACUCGCAUUAUUGCCGCUGAUACGUUUCGUUUGGCCGCUUCCUUGAAUAUAUCACGCUCCAAAGGAUUUCGUCCGUUUCGUGGCCAAUGUGAGUCGUGCCGUCGUCUUUUACAUAUUCGAGCCAUGUAUGAAAGCGAAGCUGAGGAAACCUUGGUCGUUUUUGCCUGUCGUCACGCUUUUCAUCGGGUAUGUCUUGAUACAGCUCUUGAAUUAGCUGCACAAGCACUUGCCAUUGAAUAUCACCUAGACUACGGUUUGUGGUGUCCUGUCUGCGGACGUAAACAAAAAGACAUGCAUAAGCAUUUUAAAGGAAAGGCUAAAACCGUAUACAAGUCACUGCCGGAUUUAGCCAACGGGUUUAAAGAUACACCUUGUGAGUUGGAUAAAAAGUAUCUCCAGCUUCAACAUGCCCAGUUUCAAUCAGUUCCAAUGAUUACGGCAUUUCACUCUCUCAACUCGGCAUCAUUUGCUUCUAGCACCAACGAGACAUUGGACAUCAUUGACAUGAAUGAUAGCCCCGUUGUUGGCGAUGGUAGCUCUUUUUACUAGCAGCAACUUAUGGAUUCUACAACUAAACCAUUUUUUUGAAUAAAAUAAACUCGCUUCUACUUUU